ACAGAGGGGCCAAGGACCAAGCCCGGCGAUUCUCUCGAGCACUCCAGUGGUCAAAGCAAAAUUCGGCCUAGCAGGCGCUUCGAAGGGGAGAGGCAGCCGCUCUCCCGGACAGGCGCAGGCAUGGCCCCAAGCAUGAAAGUGACGCCCUGCUACCCCCGUUUUGGACUGGUGGGGGUGAUCUCAGUCUCCACUCUGACGGCUGCCAAUACCCAGCAGGUCAACGUGGUAUCGCACUACACGCUGAAGAAACAGCCAGAGAGGUCUGUAAAAUGGCAGACGCCACAAGACACCUGGAGCCGCAUGAAGAGACAUCCACUCUUCACCACCGCCUGGACGCCCUCUUCGCUGCUUUCUGGGAAAAGCUGGAGAGGAAGCGGACCCUGCCUAAUCCACAGCCCGGUGAGACUCCCACUAAUCUUACUAGAGGCACCCCACAUCAUCAGGCUACCUCCAUCAAGGUCCCGGCGAGAUGAAGAAGGCAGAAGCCGCAUCGACGACGCAUCAGGAAAGCAGCCGUGA